GUGUUUAAAUGUUAAACAAAUAAUAGAAAAUAAAACGGUAGUUAGUGCAAUAAAUAAACAAAAAAAAAAAAAAAAUCAGUCAAUUCUCUACAAUAGCAUUGCAUUAAACGUGUAAAUUUGCAAUCUUGUAAAAAAUUAAAUUAAAUUAUGUAUUUCAAAUGGCCCGCCUUGUUGUUCGUUAUAAUUAUUUUAAAUUUCUGUUUUAUUUCUGUAAAAUCGGAUAUAAAUAUAACAACUAAUAAAUUGAGCAGUUUAAAUAGUCAUUAUAAAUAUACUACUGAUAAUUCCUACAAUGCCAAGGACAACAACAGCAACAAUAAUAAUAAUGAAAGCAGCGAUAGCAGCAACAAUAGUAAAAAUAAUAGAGCUGGUGGCGAUAACAGCAACAACGAUAGUCCAGCAACAACAGUACAAGAACCUAUAAAGAAUUCUUUAGCACCCCCACAUAUUAUUUUUAUUUUAGCUGAUGAUUUGGGUUUCAAUGAUGUUGGCUUUCGUGGAUCUUCAGAAAUUCCAACACCAAAUAUUGAUGCUUUAGCAUUUUCUGGUAUAAUCUUAAAUAGAUAUUAUGUAAAUCCGAUAUGUACACCAUCAAGAUCGGCGUUAAUGACGGGAAAAUAUCCAAUACACACGGGCAUGCAACACACAGUACUCUAUGGUGCUGAACCCCGGGGACUGCCCUUAAAUGAAAAAUUAAUGCCUCAAUAUUUCAAUGAUCUUGGAUACUCUUCCCAUAUUGCCGGCAAAUGGCAUUUGGGUCAUUAUAAACGUGUCUACACACCACUUUUUAGAGGUUUUCGCACUCAUGUGGGCUAUUGGACGGGUCAUCAUGAUUAUUUUGAUCAUACAGCUGUGGAGUCACAACAAUGGGGUUUAGAUUUAAGAGAUGGUUUGGAUGUGGGCUAUGAUUUACAUGGUAAAUAUACCACCGACUUGGUAACAGAAGAAUCUUUGAGAGUUAUAGCAAAUCAUAAUGCUUCAAGUCCUUUAUUUUUAUAUGUCUCACAUGCUGCAGUGCAUUCGGGUAAUCCGUAUAAUCCUUUACCAGCACCAGAUGAAGCAGUAGCGAAGUUGCAACAUAUUGGAAAUUAUAAUAGACGAAAGUAUGCAGCGAUGGUUACCAAACUAGAUGAUUCAGUGGGUCGUAUAGUGCAACAAUUGCAAAAGCAAAAUAUGCUUAAUGAUUCCAUUAUAAUUUUUAGUACAGAUAAUGGUGGACCGGCAGAGGGUUUUAAUUUAAAUCAUGCUUCGAAUUGGCCUUUAAGGGGUGUAAAGAAUACUCUGUGGGAGGGUGGUAUCAGAGGUGCGGGUUUAAUAUGGUCACCACGUUUGAAAAACACUAGAAGAGUGGCUGAUCAAACUAUACAUAUAGCCGACUGGAUACCCACUCUAUUGACAGCCAUUAAAGGGGAAAAGGGUGUGGACAAUAUUUCCCAGCAACUGGAUGGUCUUAGCAUUUGGCAAGCCUUAUCUAAUGACGAAACCUCCCCACGUCGCAGUACUCUCCAUAAUAUAGAUGAUAUUUGGGGUAGUGCCGCUUUAACCGAAGGCGAUUGGAAAGUGGUUAAGGGCACCAACUACAAAGGUGCCUGGGAUGGCUGGUAUGGACCUGCUGGCGAUCGUGAUGCUCGUUCAUAUGAUUAUAAAGCUAUACGUUCCUGUUAUGCUGGUCGUGCUUUGGCCACACUUAAUAUGUUACCCACCCCAGCCGAUAUAACACGCAUGCGCAGCGAAUCGAAUAUAGAUUGUACCGCACGCAGACCUUAUCUUAAGCAGGGAACUGUAUGUAAACCGUUAGUUAAACCGUGUUUGUUUAAUAUUAGAGAUGAUCCCUGUGAGAUAUAUAAUUUAGCACAAAAAUAUCCAAAUAUUUUAAAGGCCCUAUUAGAGGAAUUAGACAACUUUAAUGCCACAGCUGUGCCGCCCUCAAAUCUACCCUUAGAUCCCCGUGCCAAUCCCAGUAGAUGGAAUUACACCUGGACUAAUUUUGGAGACUAUGAAGAAUAUCAAAAAUCCUAUAUGGUAAUAGGAGAUUUUUGAAAUCUUUUUGCUAUAUACAAAAAUAAUAUUUAAGUUAUUUAAUAAAACAAAUUCUAUAUUUUAUAU